AAACGUCAUUUCGAUUGAUUUUCUGAAGUUUGUUUGCGUUUUUCCGCGAAGAUAUACACAGUUUUUCCACUAACUACAUUGCUAAAUAUGUGCAAAUUAUCUUUGGCUGAUAUAGAAUAAUGUAAAAUAGCCAUGAACGUGCUUGAAAGGGCCGAAAAGGCCUUAGAAUACUUGAAAUCCGUUGAAGGCUCUACAAAGACUCAUGAACUCCAAGCGGCAGCUGGAACGCUGGGCCGGUGUCUCGGCGCGUUAGGAAGUCGACAAAACUGCGCUAGACAUUAUGGAAAUCUUCUGCACUCUGCCAUACCGACAUUAUUGGCUCUGGCAAGCAACGAUAGUGCGGAAAUACGAUUGGUUGGUGAUGAAGCCUUGAACAGAGCUGUGGUGGGGGGAUUUGCAUUCCACUCCCACAAAACUAAUAUUAUCCUACAGAAUCAAAUUGAUCACACCAAAAACGCCAGAUGGAUCCGAGCAGCUCUCACAAGAAUCCUCCUCGGAGAAAGCUGGCUGCGUCCGGGUGUAGGCAAGAUCAGGAUGCAGGCUCAGCUCCUGUUCCCAAAGCUCAGUCAGAUUGUACGGAGUACAAGCGAAAUACAGCUUACGCUGGAGGCCUUAGAGAGCAAUUUGGAUCGGAUACUGUCUGCGCUGGUUGUUUAUACUACAGAUGAGGAAAUUGCUGAACUAUGCUCCGCCCUGCUCACUCACGUGGAGAGCAUGGAAGCGGGCGUGCGACGACCAGCAGCCGCGUGUGUCGCACUGUUGUGCUCGCAUAAGGACUCGGUGCUGGCUGAGGUGUGCUCCACCGUGUUCAAGAAGCUGUGGCCAGCGACGAGCGACAACACGGUGAUUUUGGCGUGGUUCUGCGUGAUCAAGGCGUUGUUUCAGACUAAUGAAGUGUCCAAAUUCGCGGAUAGUGACGUGUUUACGGUGCAAGAUUAUUUGCAGCUUUACUACCUAUGUAUCCAUUACAUAGAGCGUACCACAACGGAACAUAACAUCCAAAACACAGUACUCGAAUGCCUCAGCACCCUCCUGUCGCAAGCCAGAGGGGAAUACAGGAAAGCCCUGUUGGAGAGACAUCCGAGGAAAGUGUCCUUAGACCACAGGGAGGAGAAACGACAUAGGAGGAAUAUUAGUAAUGCAAGCAUAUCGUCUCGAGCGACUAUGGGCCCGCUAUCAGAACGUGAUUCAGAUCUGCUGUUCAACGGAGCCCUACAUUUGACUACACCCAGCCUUAGUGUUGAGGAUCUUACCAUUCAGACGCCAGACUCUCCGGCGAGUGAAAUGGACUUGGAAGAGAACACGGAACACCUAUCCAAAGAGCUUCUAAGUUACCACAAGAACCUGACUGAGAAGCUCCAGGAAAUCGAGGAGUCGGAGACGAGAGAAGAAGACCAUGUCGACCAUGGAGGUUUUGAGAGUGGAGUUAAGGUAAAUAUAGGAGCGGCAACGGACGAUGACAUUCCACUGAAGUAUCUUGCGAGGUUGCUAGCUUCAAAGUUUCUUCUCACUGCCAACAAGGGAGGUGUAAUUCCUGACAGGAUUAUUAGAGUAUCGGUAAAGUCAUCAGCACUAAACUGCAUGUCAGAGAUUCUUCAGUUAUAUCCGCAAGCCAUCACCGUCUAUCUCGACAAAGAUGCGGAUGCCAAGUCACACAAUAUCUCCGGCUCAUCAGAAGGAACAGAUUACAACCAAGACCACAUAAACGACUUCAUACUUGAACGCAACGUCUGCUACCAAGACUCACUGACAGACUCCCUAACCCAAGACCUCCUGAACCGAAGCAUUGACAGCCACACGCCAUCGCAACAAUCCAAAAAGGACAGCAAAUCUCUAGAAAAAUCUAUGGACAGUGUCGAACAAAAGAGCUCCUCGAAAGACGUCCAAAGCAACAUCUUGGAUAGCAAAGUUUACACCAAAGAAUUAAUCGCUAGCGCCAUGACGGAUAGCACUAACCCUAAUAUGACUAACAGUAAUUUCACUACAAACUCCAAUAUGUCUUGCAGUAACGACCCUACUACGGGCUACCCUAUGUCAAGCAGCGGUGACAUAUUAUCUUCAAGCAUAGAUUUAGACAUGAAAUUCGACCAUUUCGGUGAAUCUACUACCAAUUUGGAGAACCUAGACGCUUUUAAAAGGGAAGAAAAGAAACGGGCGUUGAAAAGGACCGAUGAAGUUCAUAGCAAAGAUGCUCCGAUUAUGGAAAUAAGUGAGGAUGGCAGUUUCGAGUUUCAGCACAUGUCGGAUGUUUUUGUUCUUUUUGAAGAGCAUUCGGACCCACAAAUAAGGGGGUUGGUGAGAGUGUGUAUAGGGAAUUAUUUGAGUGCAGCGUUAGAGCUUUCACAUGGGGAUUACAAUAGGUGGAGGAAUGUUAGUGCUUUGCCGAAGGAAGUUAGUGAUAAUAUCAGCGCUGAAAAGCUGGUGAAGAUCAUUUUAAAGGGUCUAACCGACGAAAUACACUCGGCAGUGAACCACACGCUCUCGGCCCUAACCAAGACCGUUAUCGCAUUAAGCGACGCGUCAUCCUGGCCUCUACUAUGGGACUGUAUCAAUUCUCUCAUUUUCGUUGAGAGUAACAAGUAUUGGCUGUGCAGAGUUAAUUUGUGUAAGCUGUAUGAGAAAUUACCCUAUCAGAAGAUAUUUUUAUUGUACCCUGGUUUCCACGCAAAAAGUAAAAUAAUCGUGGAUACGCUAUUUCGCCUUCUGGCCGACGAAGACCAGAGGGUGAGGCAAGCCGCCGCCCAAACUAUAACCAACAUAAUACCAAAAAUCUUCAUCUCAAAACGGCACACCCCUACCACAAUGCUCGCGCAACUGACCAAAGAGCAGAGCCAACUCUUCACUUUCAACCGUCCAGGGUUGUCACUAGACCUGGUCAAGGAUAUGUACUUCUACUUCGAUCUGCCUGAGGAACUGAGAAGUGGAGAUGUGUUGAAGGGUGGGAGUUUGAGGGCUGUUGUGGGCGAUGUUAUGUGGCGGUUGGUCGGGUGCAAUUGUAAAUUCUAUUCGCAAGGGCUACUAGAAUGCUUACAAGCCAUAUGCAAGAAGUGGUUGCCAUGGAGACACAAGGAGGCAUAUUCGGACCAAGGCAUCUUGAGCUACUGCCUCGAUAAUCUGGACUACUGCAAUGGAAGUGUGGCUAGGAGGACGUUGCUACUUGAUAUUUGCAGGCUGGUUUAUCCAGUGGAAAUCCACAACAUAAUGUGCAAGAAAACAACCACAGACAUAUUCGAACGCGACUCCCAAACUAAAGACAAAUGGCAACAUUUAGACGACGAACGAGUUUCGAGCUCAGCGGAGAAGUUUCUGCAAGUGACGUUGAAAAUGCUAAACGUGCUGGUGCAUUUGAUUGAGGAUGUUAACCCUAAUGUGCAUUUGAAUAAGAGUGGUAUUGCGCUACCGGGAAGCCCGGUUAGGAGGAAAAGUACAGAACCUCAACCCCGUCGCGGCAGUGUCCCAGACGGCUCAGACGACAAAAACAUGCGCAAGCGACUUCCCACACCCGCCACCAGCAUGCGACCGACUUUCGCGGGACACUUCUACACCGAACCCUUCUAUAUGAAGCUGUAUGACAAUCUGAGGGCUGCGUACUCUAACCAUAAGAUAAACCUCGACCCAAAAAGCAGUAUGUUCUACGAAUUCCUAACAACAGUGCUCAAUUGCCUGGCUAUACAAUUGGAACUUUCCACUGAACGUGAAUUUGGUUCAGUCACAGAAGAGCUACUCUACUACCUCAAAGUUAUUAUGCCACUUCGUUCCGACACCACCGUGUAUUGCAUAACACAGCUAUUAAAAUGCUUAUUUGGUACUAACAUGAUAACUGAAUAUAAUGAUUUCAUGAGUAUAGAAGCUUUACCCAAAAACGAUGAGCAAGCUACGUUUUAUGAUGAUGUUAUGUUGAUUAAUUCAUUAAGUCCUAUUGAGAGUGAGUCUAGAAGGAACAGUAUAUGUUCGAAUUCUAGUCAGAAACUUACAUUAGACAGUAAAAAUCCGGUGAUGAUGGAAGAACGAAAAAUGUUGAUAGCUAUGGAGAAUUUCUCUAAGAAUAAAAUGGAUAGGAAGUGGAGUACGAAUAAAAAGGAGUUGGAGAGAUAUAUUAGGUUGUUUGAACCGGUUGUGAUACAAGCUUUAAAGAGCUACACGAUGCAAAACGACAUACCACUGCAAUGCCGCGUGUUAAGCCUUCUAAGCCAGCUGCUAACCCUGAGAGUCAACUACUGCAUGCUAGACAGUGAGCAGAUCUUCAUCGCGUUCCUUAUCAAGCAACUUGAGUAUGUGGAACAACAUGAGAUACCUAAUUGCUGUGAUCUAGUCCACAGUAUACUGAUGUUCUUAGUUCAACUGUCCUCCUCGAAACACCACACGAAGCAAAUAAUAGAAAUUCCUAAGCUAAUACAACUAUGCGACGGUCUAAUGGCAUCUGGCAAUCACUUGGAGUGUAUAGCAGGUUUGGAGCCAGUUAUCGUCAAAAUUUUCAGCAACAUGGGGGGUGGUAGUGUAUUGGGAAGGCAACAGCAACAGGAAGCACAGGCUACAAGGGAAGUCCUGUUUUCAAUGUUGCAAAAAACUAUGGACAGACAAAAGGUCCUAGAACUAGUAUCCUGCGUCCUCUGUCUCUCCCAAGACCACCCAGAAAGCUACUACCUCUGGUCGGAGCUGGCCUGCAACACCCUACUGAACCUGCUGGCCAGCGCGUCCAUCGAGCUGGACAGCCGGCACGCCAUCGCGGCGCUGGAGAGGCUGAUAGAGUCCGUGUAUAAAGACGUGCUGCUGGAGCAGGGCCGGGUGGAGACGCUGCUCAAGAUAUUGUUCAAGGCGCCUGAACAGACAACGUCGCCCCGCAAACUGAAAAUCCGCUACCUCGCCAUAACAAUGGUCAUCCUGCGAAAAAUACUCGUUCUAAUACCAGAGAGCGAAAUACUACUGUCAAUAAACUACCUCAAAUCGUCCCACAUUUCACCUCAAUCCAUAUUUUUCAACGUCAAACCUGACGUGGACCCGCUAAACGUCCAAAAUGUCAACGAGAACUGCGCGAAUUUGUCGCCAGAUGUCAUUCUGGUCAGGUUUUUGUUCAAAACUUUGACGUUCGCUAUAACUGAGGUGGAUAAUUGCCAUGAUGCGAUUGAGCUUGGCGAUGGAGAGGGUCAGAAUGGCUUGCUGUAUGCGGUGUGCGUGAAUAUUAUUGUGCAAGUUAAGCAUAUGCUGCAUUUAACAAGUGGCUGCCUCUUCCCCCUAACAGCCAAGACCGCUCAAAGCAUCCUGCACAACGAGCAAAGCGGCCUCAACACGGGCCUGUACAGUCCCGACGAGAAUAUUCCGCUGGACCUGCUCAACCUGAUAUGCCUGCGCGCCGCGCACAGGACGCCGCUGCUGACUGUACACUGGUCGCACUUGCUGAUAAGGCUAAACUUCCUGUCUCACAAAUACUGGCAGAAACUGAUCGGUUUCGCCCGCGACCUUCCAUUGGGAGGCGGCGACACUCGGCCAUCGCCAGCGAACGCGCUUCAAACCGCUUGCGUUCUGGCGUACUGCGAAUAUUUUGUAGAGAACGGUCUCUCGGAAGCGGUUCACCUGACGUGGCUACUUGUGAACCGAGUGCAGAUCCUAGCCACACAGUACGCUGAACGCGUAGUGCAAAGCUUAGUGUUGAAAGUGCAGGAAAACGCAGGGGCCUCUAGCUUGCUCUUGCAAUGUGUUGCUGCGCGCUGUCAAGGGUGUCUCAAGGACGAAUUCGCUCUAAACAUAUACAAAAUGCUAUCGCUAUGCCACGAGACCCAGUCCGGGGCUCUAGUGUUCCUCAUCUGUCGUAUUAUCGGCAAGCUGGAGCCCGCUGUUGCUAUUCGGUUCGCAAACCUGGCAAUAGAGAGAUGCAGACUUCUGAAAGACAUGUCCGUCGAAGAUAUAAACGUGCAACUGACUAAAGAGGACGUUCAAGUGGCUUUAGAGAUGCUGCAGAGAGAGAAGGUCCAUGUUCGAUACUCUUCGUUAGUAAUGGAACUAAAUUCUCUGGCGUCAACGGUAUUCGACUUGUCCCCGCUGGACCUGUCCCAAGACCGGGCCAUCAACCCGCAGUACAUCGUCACCACCAACGUGGACGACCACUGGCUCGCCAACCAGGUUAAAGCCAGAUGCUGUCAAACCAACUGCGCUUUACCGAAGAUAUCCAAGCAAAAGGAGCUUGCUUCGCUACUACUAAAUCUGUCAAAAGACGAGCUGUCAACUGUCAUCGCGUGCCCAGAAUUUGACAGGAAAUUACUUAGCACCUUCUUCAAACUGAUCUGUGAUAAUUAUCUAAAAGAAUUUCUGGACGUGGCGUCCGCUUGCGAACGCAAAGAGUUGGAGCGAGACAACAUCCGAGAACAGAGAGAGAUGAUAAAAUUACACGAAGAAAUGAUAUCAUCAAUGGACAGUAACAAAUUGAAUGUGGUCAACAGUUUACAAGUUUUCAAAAAUCGUGACAAAGAAUCAAAAUCACAAUUCUUCAUACCGGUUAAUGAAAAGGAGAAAUUCGGAAAUUUAGAAUUGACUGAUGAGGACACAGAAUUGAUUCCUCCACAGAUGUCUGAAUUAUAUGAAGUCGCUAUAACCUCCUUUGACAAAAGUCUAUCUGAAAUAAUAAGACUAUUUCCUAAGCAAAAUCGGCCUUUAAGUCAAUCUGAAAACUUUAACCUAACUGUAGAACAAACUAUAGAUAAAUACACAAGAAGAUGCCAUCAAGUAUUUCAAGAUAAAUUAUUCUAUCAAGAAUUCAUUACAGUCCAAACGAUUUUAAAAGGAUUCCUAGAAUCCAUGCAAAGGACUUUGACUCUUAUAGACGAUACUGACUGCGACUUAUUAGAGAAAUGUAUAGAGAGCAUAUUACCAGGAUCUUUAGCGAAGAACAUAGCCAUUUUUUCCGUGAUAUCUUUACAGUAUUUGACGUUUUUGAUAAAGAAUAAAAAACUUGUAGAGAGUCCGGUGCAUACUGAUGUAUCAUUCAGAGCUAAUGUCACCGUGACAGAUGACGUUGUAGUUGAUAAUGUCAUAGUUUUGACAGCUGACAAUGUGGCGGAGGCUUUGGGCUGUAAGGAGAUAUGGAGUGGGUUGAAUUUUGACAGUAAUGUCAAUAGGACGCAGUCUGCGAUCAGUUGUUUGUACGCGAUUGUGAAGUAUCUAGUCAAGGACACCAAACCAAUAACACUAAAUAAAUAUAUAACGACCGACGAAGACCCUAAACCUGACAUAAUCAUCAUAGGAGACAAACUGGUCACCCUAAUAGAGUACUGGGAAUCGAACUUGUGUCCCGACGGAGCGAGUGCAGUGCUCGGCAAAUGCUAUAGGAGACCUAUUGAGAAGUUACUUGUCAGCCUGGCUAGACUGGACAUAGUAAGCAACAUGGCGCUCAUACCGCCCAUAGCCUGGUCUUCCGUAGAAGUGGUCUCCAAGAAAGACCAGCUCCAGAAGAUCGACCUGCCGCUCCAAGCCUUCCAGGAUAUGGACGUUUUGGAAGCCUUCUUAUUCAGGGUGAACCUAAUCGGUUGGUCGUCAAAGAAGCAAUUCGAAGAAAUUUGGGUGGUUCUCCUCGGCGCGCUGCAGGGCAACGGCGGGCAUUGGGCCGUGCGGGGGAUAACACAGUUGCUGACCGGCGCUAGGUGCGCUAGACACGUCCCUAGAGACAUGGGCAGGACUAGCCGGGGAAUCCACCGAUUGCGCAACAUUCUAGUCGGCACUUCCUUCUUCUCUCAACUGGACAGCAUCAACUUGGAACGGAUCCCGCUUCUGAACGAUGACGCGCCGAGCUACCAUUGUGCAGAGUACAAUGCAGAUUACCUCAAACUGGCGGCAGACAUAACAGACUACGCGCCAUACUUCGUAAGGAAAGAAGUGAAGCGUGCUAGAAAGAACAGAGACGUCGACGUGAACAGCUGCUUGCAGCUUCUUAUGGAUGUUACUUCUCAGAUGCUAGAUCCUAAGGCACCAACAGGCUUAGCGACCCGCCUAGCCCUACUGACCAGCCUGAUCUACUGCAGCGACGUAUACAGCGACGCGUCUCAGUGGCGGUGCGGCGCCGCGCAGCUCAUAGCCCUGAGCGGGGCGCGGGGCGAUAUUACUCAGUACAGUGCGGCCGGGAGAGCUCUACUCGCCGCCAUGCAACGGGCGUUGUGUGUGGAGAGGCAUGAUACGCAGGAACUCCAAACAGUCCAUCAAAAGCUCCUGAAAUCCCUGACCUCCCCGUACGCCCCGCUGCGUCAGGCGGCGCUGCAGGGAUGCCUGCUGCAGCUCAGCGGCUCGCGGCGGGUCGUGGCCGCGCCGUCGCCCUACCAGGAGCUGGUGACCCAACUGGCGCAUCACGUGCGGACUCAUCUGCCACAUGACACCAGAUUGUCCCUAUACGAACAGAGCCUCUACUGGGCCGUCCUGUUCACACUGAUUGAGCUGGGACAUCCGGACCUCAUAAAUAUCGCUGUGGAUUUCGUGCUAGCGAAGCCUAGGCAUUACUGCAUAGAUCUAGUUGUCAAGGGCAUAUCAAACACAAUCCGACAGCAGGUGCUGCCAAAAGAGCUAAAAAACAAUGUGAUAGAGAAAUUGUCGGAAAACACCAAAAAAUAUUCGGAGAGACACGCCUUGAUGAUUCUGAUGGUGCAUCUGUUCUCAGCCGACAACAAACUCCUAAGUCCAAAACUGACCUCAGACGUGUCGAACAUGGACCCAGACAUCCUAAUGAACUCAAUGGAACGCAUUACCCUCCUCUACAAACUCUUGCGCAAAUCCGAAACGCCAGAGACCAAGCAAAUAAUAACGAAUGCACUUAAAUACUUCUUGAGAGAGACGCUACCGCCCGCAGCGACGCUCAGUCGAGUUGUGAUCGAGUUUCUCGAGACUUGUAAGGAGAGCGAGAGGGAGAUGAUGGCGGUGCUUAGUGAGAGGGGGAGGGGGAUAGAGAGUGCGGUGUUGAAUGCUGAAGUUGUUUUUGAGGUAUUCGAGACAUCAGUAACCCAAGACCAGCUCCCAGUCCUCAGCGGCUGGAUCUUCGAGGCGCUCUGCCACUUACUCCACGGCAAAAUAUCUCCAAACCUCCUCCCCUACACUCUACUAACACUCCUCGUCUCCGCUUCGUCCACCAAACACAUACGCAAAAUCAUUCCUCUAUGCUACUACAUAUUAAGGCUAGGUUUCCACAGAUGUGCUGAUGUUGAUUUCGGGUAUUUUACUGAUUUUGUAAAGUGUAAGGAGGGGAUGAGUUUUAGUGAUAGGAGGUUGCUGUGUGUGGUGGCGAGGCAUUCUGGUUUUAGUGGGGGGCAGUUGGAGAGGCUGAAAGAGCUUUGUAGUAGUAAUGAUUGUUUGAGCGAUGUCCUGAUGUGCUUGGAUGCUUAAAGGACCGAAUUUGCAGCGUGUAUAGUGUGUAGCUUUCAAAUAGAGCUCGACGGCUAAUCCUAUUGUCUAUUGUUAAGUAAAACCGCACGUGCUACUUAUCUGCAAAAUAGGGUCUUAAUUAUUCUAUUUGGCACCUGAGCGCGGGCUAGUCCAACGCUCUAAAAACCAGUGUAGGUGUGCUCUCCGAUAACGCGCCUUUGUUACGCAUCUCGAUGACACAUUUUAGACUGGUUCUGUAGCGUUCGACUCGCCGGCACUCAGUAACCGAAGUACGUAUUUUUUAUGCAGGUGGUAGUGGCACUUGGCACGAGCGGUUUUACUCAACAAUAGACAAUAGGAUUAGCCGUCGAGCUCUAUUUGAAAGCUACACACUAUACAGUCAGCAGCAUAAGUUGCACAGCGGGCGAGGUGUUCAAAAUUACAUUGACAAGCUCUUAUUAUCUUAACAAUAAAGUCGCGUCAAGAUCAUUUUGAACACCUCGCUCGCUUAGCAAUUUCUGCUGCUGACUGUACGCAGUGGCUAGCAGUUCAGUAAUAUGGUUCUCAGAUUUAUAUCAAUAGGUUUAAAACUACUGUAAUAUCAAUGUGGCUAAUUCCGUCAUAGGGGUUAUUCCGUCCUCUAGCGUUUUUCUCGAACAACUAACAACAUUAUUAAAUAUAUUAAGAACGGGUCACUCACGUAUUUUAAGUCGAAAAACGCUCGACAAUGAUAUAAAAAUAGUAAAAUCAUUUAUCCAUAUAUAUAUUCAUUUUUUAGAUAAUUUUAUACGUGUUUACUUUGAGUUAUAGUCGUGUGUCGAUAGAUGGCAGUAAAUUUACAGUGACUACAACAUUUACUAUGACAGGACCCCUCUAUACUAUCUAUUAAUUUUGGUUUCAGCAAUCAAAAGCAAACGGUUUUUUACGUUCGGACGUACGUUCGUACGGAAAUAUACGUUCGUGGACGGAAUAGACCCUAUAACGGAAUUAGCCACAUGACCUUAUGCUCUUAUUUCGAAUUUUAAUGCAAUGUGAUGAAUGAAAUUGUGAAGGCAUUGGGCAUGAUUUUCGAGAUACAUUUUAAUUAUUUGUACCUAUACCACGUAUUGUUUACUUUUAUUUAGUUAUUUUAACCAAUUGUUAGUCUCUACGUUCUUAAUAUAUGAAAAUAUUGUCUGGAAUAAAUUAAUUUCAUUCAUUCAUAAAAAGGUGCCGAAACGUAGGGGUAAAUUGAAAAUUAGAUACUUAAUAAUUCCAUUUGAGAGAUCCUACCUUUUUUUAAAAAUGCUUAUACAUAGUGUACAUGGUAAUAGUACAAAUUAUAUUGAGUGAGGUUCUUAAAAUAGGGGUAAAUAGCAAAAAAAGGUUGAAUAAAAGAAAGAUAAAACACGUUACUAUGAAUGUAUUUGUCUGAAUACUCUAAACAUAGAUCAAUCUAAACGUCGUUUUAGUGAAAUAUAUUUUUAAGAACAUAAUGUUUACAUAAUUUCAACGUUAGUAAUGGCUUCCAAAGCGAUACAGAAAUGGUUACGAGUAUAUUGUAAAAUUUUAAUGACCUCCUUUAUUAUGUAGUAUUUUAUGAUUCGAAGGAUCAUAUUAAUUCAAGAGAUUCACUCACACAAUUAUAGUUCGUAGUUUUGUAACAGAGCCCGAGCUAAUCCUAUUGUCUAUUGUUAAGUAAAACCGCACGUGCCACAACCACCCGCAUAAAAACCUGCGUACUUCGGUUACCGCGUGUGCCGGCGAGUCGAACGCUACAGAACCAGUCUAAAAUGUGUCAUCGAGAUGCGUAACAAAGGCGCGUUAUCGGAGAGCGCACCUACACUGGUUUUUUGAGCGUUAGACUAGCCCGCGCUCAGGUGCCAAAUAUAAUAAGUAUGACCCUUUUUUGCAGGUAAGUAGCACGUGCGGUUUUACUUAACAAUAGACAAUAGGAUUAGCCGCCGGGCUCUGUUACAAAACUAAGAACUAUACCAAUACACCUUAUAGAACAAAAUCCCCGUCGCGUCUGUCUGUUUGUGUGUAAUUAUACAUAAUAUAUAGAUGGUCAAGCAAAUCUUGUCAGUAGAAAAGGGCGCGAAAUUCAAAUUUUCUAUGAGACGAUAUGCCUUCGCGCCUACAUUUUUCAAAUUUGCCGACUUUUUCUACUGACAGGAUCUGCUUGGCCAGCUAUAUGUUCGCGAUAAACUCAAAAACCACUGGACGAAUUUUCAUGCGGUUUACACCCAUCAAUAGAGUGAUUCUUGAGGAAGGUUUAGUUGUAUAAUUUGUUAAGAUUUUGUGUAACCCGUGCGAAGGCGGGGCGGGUCGCUAGUAUGCAAUAAGUUUGUAUGCUUGCGACACUGGUGUAUGAAAUAGUAUAGGACCCAUUCAUUGAUACCCAAAAUACGAAACAUCCAGUUUUUGAAGGUAUUUGGAUGGUCCUGAAA